CCGGAAGUAGGGCUGUUUAGCUGUUUCUGUUUUCUGCUAUGUGCUAACAUUAUGUAGCGUACUCUGAAAAUAUGACACACUGCAUGAAACAAACGUCCUUAUCCUACAGAGGCUCCUUCAACAAGACAGUUCAACCAAACUGAAAUCAGGCGCACCAUGGCAGAGCAUUUCCACCUAAACACCCCGCUGCUGGAGAGCGUCAACAUGUCCAAACGUGUGGGAACCACCGUGUACCUAAAGAUGGAGAAUUCACAGCCCUCCGGUUCCUUCAAGAUCCGUGGCAUUGGACACCUCUGCCAGCAGCUCGCCACACAGUCCAAAGGAGUUGUCUGCGCUUCAGGUGGUAAUGCAGGUAUGGCGGCAGCCUACGUAGCCAGAAAGAUGGGCGUACCAGCCACCAUCGUAGUUCCCUCAUCUUCUCCUCAGCUGGUCGUUCAGAGACUCCAGGAUGAGGGUGCUACUGUCAAGAUUAUAGGCAAGGUCUGGGAUGAUGCCAAUGCAGAGGCUCUCAGACUGGCAGAGACGGAAGGACUCACAUUUGUUCCUCCAUUCGAUCACCCUCUGCUCUGGCAGGGCCACGCCAGUAUGAUCACGGAGGUCGCAGCCUCUCUGGGUGCCGGCGCGAAGCCCGGAGCUGUGCUGGUGUCCGUCGGCGGAGGGGGGCUCCUCUGCGGGGUCGCCCAGGGCCUGAAGGACGUAGGCUGGACAGACGUACCCAUCAUCGCCAUGGAGACGGUGGGGGCCGACUGUUUCAACGCCGCGGUUAAGGCGGGGAGGGUGGUCACCCUGGAUGACAUCACCAGUGAGGCUAAGUGUCUCGGAGCGAAGACAGUUUGCAAGAAAGCUUUCGAAUACAGCCAGUGCGGCGAGCUUACGGUCAUCUCUGAGCUUGUGACUGACCAGCAGGCUCUGCAGGCGGUCGAAACAUUCCUGGAUGAGGAGCGUGUGUUGGUGGAGAUGGCGUGUGGAGCAGCACUCGCAGCGGUCUACAGUGGAUUUAUACGCAGAUUACAGGACGAAGGUCAGCUGCCGACUCUCUUGGGCCCCCUGCUGGUGAUCGUGUGCGGUGGCAGCAGCGUCGACAUGAAGCAACUGGCACACCUCAAACACAAACUGCAGACAUAAGCUACACCGUGUGUGUGUGUGUGUGUGGAGGUGCAUAGCAAUAAAUGUGUCUCUGUGUGGCUGAGCUAAAAGAUUGCAACAGUUCAGUGAAUGAUGUGUGGAUGGAUUCAUUCAGAAUAAAGCUCAGUUCCUCAAAUAAGAGCUACAGACAUGUCAUCUAAUUUUGAAGCAAAUGUGUUUGAAUUGCUAUUCAUUUAUGAAUUAGUGCUUCUGAUAUUGCAAUUUAAAUUUCAAGUCACAUGAAAUAUAUAAACAGAAUGAAUUUCUUCAGUUAUAAAUAAUUGAGUGAAUAUGUUUUAACCAUGCUCAGCUCACUAUAACCAAUUACCAGGUUUCCCCACAGGGUGGUGCCACAUUUCACUAUUCACUAUCCAGACAGAAGACUUUAUGGGAAAAAAGUGUUUUCAAACAAACAACAAACAUUUGUUGAUGUGAUUUAAUCAUAAAUUAACUGUACUUCAGCAGUCGCAGUCUGAGGCAUAACAAUAUAUUUGUUGAAACUAAUUUUGCUCUUACAUUUCAUAUUAAUUUGAAGUCACUGCUCCUAAAUAUGUGUGCAUUUGAGUCGUCUUGCCUCUCUCUUUCUGUGGAUGCAUUUGCAGCCUUGGGUUGUUUUUCCGAUGCAGAAAUAUAUUUUAGAUGAAAACCUUUCACACUCUUAAUGCUGGAUUGUUUCAUGUCAUUAUUAUAAAUUUAGUAGUCCAGUCAAUUUGUGUUACGUGUAGGAAGGUAUUACUAUGGAAACAGCUCCUCACUGUCCUGCCUGCGUCAGAGAAGCCAGUGGAAAGUGUUGCAUUUAAUAACCUGUUGAUAGUCUUUGCCUUCUGAACUCUCAGACGGUUGCAUAAGAUAUUAAGUUCACAAAGAGCAGAAGCAGAAAAUGGACUUUAUGUUAACAUUGUGAUCACUUGCAUUACAUUGUCUAUUAGAAAGCACCUCAGGAUGAUUUAUUGAUCAAAACAAAAGAUUGCUUUUUAAGGUAUAGCGUAUAAGAAAGUGGAAUGAAAACAGCUCUCUUUCAGUUUCAGCUUUCAGUUACAUCACAUGGCCUUCAUCAGUAGUGAAGUAUGGAACUUAAAUAGUGUUUAUGUUUGAAACAUAAUAGUAUUUAUUUAUGUGUAAUUUUAUGAUAUGAGAAAAAGCACGAAUGACCUGGAUAAACAAAAAAAGACCAUUGGCAAGAAGAUUUUCUACUUCUAUGUAGUUAUUCAGUUAGAUUCCCCUUGAAAUCAAUGAAACAAGGCGGUGGAAACACUACCACUUUUGUCCGCAGGGGCCGCCAGAAUCAACACAAAAUGAAAGUUGCCUGUUGCUUUAAUCAAUAAAGGGAAUAUGAGACAGUU